AUGGCUGCAGUACUUUCGUCUGAAGAUUUGAGCAUCUUUGGCUCUUCGUCUGGACUUCGGCGCUCUCAUUCGCAUUCCCACUUCCUGUCUCACCACACUGGCGACCUCAACUCCACGUCUGCCAGCUCUCGCCUUGAUGACGACUUCAGGGACUCAUAUAGGCACCCAGUCAUCGUGCCUGAUUCGAGCUCCUCGUCCGGACCUCCCUCACCGCACCACUUCCAUCCGUCAGACUCCUCGAACCACUCGUACCCCUCAACUCCAGCCUCCAACCUGUCACUAGAUGGAGGUUCAUGCGACUUCGACAUGCGGGACAAACUACUAGACGACACGACCCUCGGUGAUUUUGAAGGUGCUACCUAUUACGCCCAUGUCGAAGACCUGGAACCGCCAGUUAGCCCGCACACAGGCGACUCGUAUACAGUGUCGCCCACAGAGCCCGACACUUCGUCGGCAAGUACUUCGCGACCCCAGUCUCCUGAUACUGCAGAGCACGCCGAGGACGACACCGCUGCGAAACAUCACCCAACUCAGCAUGUCGACUACCUCUCACACAACUGGAAGGAGGAGGACAUCUGGUCCUCAUGGCGGUACCUCGUUUCGAAGAGGGGUGACUAUAGCAACUCAUCGCGUCUGGAAAAUGCAUCCUGGAGGACCUGGAUGAAAGCAAAGUAUCGGCUGAAGACAGUGUCGCCCGAAACAUUGAACUGGCUCAAGGACUGCGACGUCACUUGGCUCUACGGUCCUCUCCAGCCCAGCACUGUGAGCUCGCUAGAGGGCAGUCACAGCCGUGGAAGGACACGAGGCUCAAGGUCACCAUCAUAUGGUCACAAGAAGCCAAUUUUGAAGAAGCGAAGCAUGUCUGAGGUCAUGCUACAGAAGUCUAACUCGUCAUCAUCCCUACUGAAGCAGGCGACCGCUGCCAUUGAGGCAGAGCAGAGAGGGUCGCGCUGCCGCAUCCCGCACCGGCCAAUCAUCAAGCGCGCAACCACAGACUUCAUGGCGUAUCCCAUGGUCUCGCAGAGGGGUAGCAGGUUCGGCACGAGCCCGCACCCAUCCACAGACAACUCUGGAAUAGUCUCGCCUACUGCUGAGCGCAAGCACAUCCACUUCGACGAACAAGUCAAGCAAUGCAUCGCAGUCGACGUCAAGGGCGACGAAGACGACGAUGAGCUGGACCCGCAGAAGUGGGAUCUGGAUAAUGACAGCGAGUCCGACGAUGGCGCCAUCAUGAUGAAAUCGACACGAUCGGCAAAAAGGUCCAUCCUCCCACGACGAAGGGCUCCUGUCCCUAUCAACGACAGCAAGACAAUCGCAAUGCUGCCGUCCACCACACUGAAGUAUCGCAUUGAUUCACCUGAACCAAGAGAGACGGCGAUGAAGCACAGUGGCGGCCCCGUGUUAUCAACCUCGUCAUCGCAGGAGACAUUGAGGCCAUCAAAGCCCGCGACGAGCCUGUUGUAUCAAUACGACGAACAGGACAGUUUCGAGAUGGAUACUGGCGCGCAAGCGCCGAUUUCGAGUCCUGUUGAUGCUGGGGCUUCUUAUCGCUACUCGUCGUUCCAUCGGUCACCCUCGUCGGACAGCCUCCUCGAAGCGCCACAGGGGAUGAAGCGGACGGAAUCUGGCAUGCUGAUGCCUGUCGACGAGGACGGAAAUCUCCAGCCCGGGCAAGAUGGCAUCAUCGGACGUGUGAUUGAUACCGUCAACACCGCCAAGGACAUCGCCCAUGUCAUCUGGAACGUCGGGUGGAAUCGGAAAUGA